AUGUACCGGCGCAGCUACGUCUUCCAGACCCGCAAGGAGCAGUAUGAGCGCGCCGAGGAGGCGCCGCGCGCCGCAGAGCCGGACCGCCUGGCGGAGGGCCGGGCGGCCGCGCCGAACCUGGCGGCGCUGCAGGGGCUCGGCGAGCGCGUGGCCGCUCACGUCCAACGGGCCCGGGCGCUCGAGCAGCGCCAUGCCGUCCUCCGGAGGCAGCUGGACGCCUUCCAGCGCCUGGACGAGCUGGCCGGCCCCGAGGAUGCCCUGGCCCGCCACGUCGAGGGCAACCGCCAGCGCGCCCGGGACCUGGCGGCCGAGCGCACCCGGCUGGAGCGCCAGGGCGCAGAGGCGCAGCGCGCGCUCGACGAGUUCCGGAGCAAGUAUGAAAAUGAGUGUGAGUGUCAACUGCUGCUGAAGGAGAUGCUGGAACGACUCAACAAGGAGGCAGAUGAAGCCCUGCUACGUAACCUGCGUCUUCAGAUUGAAGCCCAGUUUCUGCAGGAUGACAUUAGUGCGGCCAAGGACAGGUACAAAAAGAAUCUUCUGGAGAUUCAGACCUAUGUCACCAUCCUGCAGCAGAUCAUCCAGACCACCCCGCAGGCAGCCGCCAUAACGAGUGGGAUGCGGGAGGAGAAGCUCCUGACGGAACGGGAAGCUGCCGCCCUGCAGUGCCAGCUGGAGGACGGCCGGGAGAUGGUCUGCCUCCUGCAGGCCCAGAGAACCGAGCUGCAGGCCCAGACCGCGGCCCUGGAACAAGCCAUCAGAGACGCCCACGAGUGUUAUGAUGAUGAGAUUCAGCUUUACAACGAGCAGAUCGACACCCUGCGGAAGGAGAUUGAAGAGGCAGAGAGGAGCCUGGAGAGAUCAUCCUAUGACUGCCGGCAGCUGGUGGUUGCCCAGCAGACCCUGAGGAAUGAGUUGGACCGGUAUCAUCGCAUCAUCGAGAAUGAAGGCAACAGGCUGAGCUCUGCCUUCAUUGAAACUCCAGUUACCCUGUAUACUGCGAGCCACGGGGCCUCCCUCAGCCCUCGGCACGGUGGGAAAGAUCUCACCAGGGCUGUGCAGGACAUAACUGCAGCGAAACCAAGACUCAAAGGCCUCCCCAAGAACCUUCCAAGGAAGAAGGAGAUGGUAGCAAAAGACAGAGCAGAUGAAAUUCUGGAAGAGACCCCACUGAGAGGUCCAGAGGACACGAAGCCAGGGCGGGUGGUGCUCAAAGAAGAGGGUGAGUCUAAGCUUGAACCGGGAGAUGAAGAAGCAAGUCCCCCGACCCAGGAAGGGGCUCCAGAGGAUGUCCCAGAUGGAGGCAAGAUAAGCAAAGCCUUUGAGAAACUAGGCAAGAUGAUCAAGGAGAAGGUGAAAGGCCCCAAAGAACCCGAGCCCCCUGCCGACUUGUACACCAAAGGGCGGUACGUGAUGGUCUCUGGAGAUGCCAGUUUCAUGGAUCCUGGCUUCUGUGUCUUCUCUGUCCCAGCCAAAGGGGGUGUGGUGGUGUCUAAGGGGGAUGACUCUGUGCCUCCUGACAGUGGUGUGGAACCCUCUCCCCAGCAGCCUGAGCCCCCUCUAGGGGACGGACAGGGGGCCCCCCAGGAGAAAGAAGAUGGUCUGAAGGAGGAAGGGGGGCCCCCUGAAGGGAAAGGAGACGGUGUGAAGGAGGAAGGGGGGCCCCCUGAGGGGAAAGAAGACGGUCAGAAGAAGGAAGGGGAGCCCCCUGAGGGGAAAGGAGACGAUCUGAAGGAGGAAGGGGGGCCCCAGCAGGGGAAAGAAGAUGAACGCCCCCCCACCCCGCACCCUGCAGACAAAGGGGAUGAGAAAAAUGCCAAAGAACUGAAGGGCCUCCAGGGGAAACAGGAUGACCAGAAGGAGGAGGAGGGGGCCAGAGGGCCCUGUCCCAUGGUGGUGCCUGGUCCAGAGGGGCCGUCUACACCUCGGUCUCAAGGGCCUCAGGUCACUCUGGGUGGGUCUGAGGGGCAUGGGGCUCGGAGCGGCAGCUGGCCGGCGAGAAGCCCUCCCAGGAAGCUGGCCUACGAGAAGGUGGAGGUGAUGGAAUCCAUAGAGAAGUUUUCCACUGAGAGCAUCCAGACAUAUGAAGAGACUGCUGUCAUUGUGGAGACCACGAUUGAAAAGACGAAGGCAAACAAGAAGAAACUGGGAGAGAAGGGAUCCUCCAGUGCUUGA